AGUGCAUUGUGGGCAGCUCCCCACUCCGCUGCUGCUGCUGCUGCUGCUGCUGCUGCUGCUGCCGCUGCCACCGCCGUCGCCCGAGGAGGAUCGGGGCCGGGCCGGGCCGGGCCGGGAUGGUCGCGGUCGGGAGGCCGCCGCCGCUGCGGGAGAGAGCGGGCCGCCCAGCGCCGCACUGAGGCGCCCCCGCCCCGCCCCGGCCCCGGGGGAUGCGCCGCCCCGUGCCGCUGCCUUCACCGCCGCAGCCGCAGCCGCAGCGGACACCGAGCAGGUAGAUGGCCCCCCAAGGGCAGGCCCUGCGGACACCCCUCCCUCCGGCUGGCGGAUGCAGUGCCUAGCGGCUGCUCUUAAGGACGAAACCAACAUGAGUGGGGGAGGGGAGCAGGCCGACAUCCUGCCGGCCAACUACGUGGUCAAAGAUCGCUGGAAGGUGCUAAAAAAGAUCGGGGGCGGGGGCUUCGGUGAGAUCUACGAGGCCAUGGACCUGCUGACCAGGGAGAAUGUGGCCCUCAAGGUGGAGUCAGCCCAGCAGCCGAAACAGGUCCUCAAGAUGGAGGUGGCUGUGCUCAAAAAGCUUCAAGGGAAGGACCAUGUGUGCAGGUUCAUUGGCUGCGGCAGGAAUGAGAAGUUUAACUAUGUGGUGAUGCAGCUGCAGGGCCGGAACCUGGCUGACCUGCGCCGCAGCCAGCCCAGGGGCACUUUCACGCUGAGCACCACUCUGCGGCUGGGCAAGCAGAUCCUGGAGUCCAUUGAAGCCAUUCACUCUGUGGGCUUCCUGCACCGCGAUAUCAAGCCGUCCAACUUCGCCAUGGGCCGGCUGCCCUCCACCUACAGGAAGUGCUACAUGCUGGACUUCGGGCUGGCCCGGCAGUACACUAACACUACAGGGGAUGUCCGGCCCCCUCGGAAUGUGGCCGGGUUCCGGGGGACUGUUCGCUAUGCCUCGGUCAAUGCCCACAAGAACAGGGAGAUGGGCCGCCAUGAUGACCUGUGGUCCCUCUUCUACAUGCUGGUGGAGUUUGCCGUGGGCCAGCUGCCCUGGAGGAAGAUCAAGGACAAGGAGCAGGUGGGGAUGAUCAAGGAGAAGUACGAGCACCGGAUGCUGCUCAAGCACAUGCCCUCGGAGUUUCAUCUCUUCCUGGACCACAUCGCCAGCCUCGACUACUUCACCAAGCCUGAUUACCAGUUGAUCAUGUCGGUGUUUGAGAACAGCAUGAAGGAGCGGGGUAUCGCUGAGAAUGAGGCCUUUGACUGGGAGAAGGCUGGAACCGACACCCUCCUGUCCACAAGCACCUCCACCCCACCCCAGCAGAACACCCGGCAGACAGCAGCCAUGUUUGGAGUGGUCAAUGUGACGCCAGUGCCCGGGGACCUGCUUCGCGAGAACACCGAGGAUGUGCUGCAGGGCGAGCACCUGAGUGACCAGGAGAACGCACCCCCGAUCCUGCCUGGCAGGCCUCCAGAGGGCCUGGGCCCCAGUCCCCACCUUGUCCCCCACCCUGGGGGUCCUGAGGCUGAAGUGUGGGAGGAGACGGAUGUCAACCGCAACAAGCUGCGUAUCAACAUCGGCAAAACCCCCUGUGUGGAGGAAGAGCAGAGUCGAGGAGUCGGGGUCCCCAGUUCCCCAGUGCGUGCCCCCCCAGACUCCCCAACAACCCCAGUACGGUCUCUACGCUACCGGAGGGUCAACAGCCCCGAGUCGGAGAGGCUGUCUACAGCAGCUGAUGGGCGGAUAGAGCUUCAUGAGAGGAGGUCACGGAUGGAUUUGCCUGGCUCGCCCUCACGACAGGCCUGCUCCUCGCAGCCGGCUCAGAUGCUGUCGGUGGACACAGGCCACGCUGACAGACAGGCCAGUGGUCGCAUGGACGUGUCAGCCUCUGUGGAACAGGAGGCCCUGAGCAAUGCCUUCCGCUCGGUGCCGCUGGCUGAGGAGGAAGACUUUGACAGCAAGGAAUGGGUCAUCAUUGACAAGGAGACAGAGCUCAAGGACUUCCCUCCCGGGGCUGAGCCCAGCACUUCGGGCACCACAGAUGAAGAGCCUGAGGAGCUCCGGCCUCUGCCUGAGGAGGGCGAAGAAAGGAGACGUCUGGGGACAGAGCCCAGUGUCAGGCCCCGAGGACGUGGUAUGCAGACGCUGGCAGAGGAGGACCUGCGGCAGGGCCUGCCCCAGCCUGCACCACCUCUGCUGAGCCAGGCUGACGGCCGGUCAGAGACAUCGCAGCCACCCACACCCGGCAGCCUUUCCCACUCGCCCCUGCACUCGGGACCCCGCCCUCGACGGAGAGAGUCGGACCCCACAGGCCCUCAGAGACAGGUGUUCUCGGUGGCGCCCCCGUUUGAGGUGAAUGGCCUUCCACGAGCAGUGCCUCUGGGCUUGCCCUACCAGGACUUCAAGAGAGACGCCUCUGAUUACGGAGAACGGGCACGGCUGCUCACCAGAGUCCGGAGGGUGGGCUUCUCACACAUGCUGCUCACCACCGCACAGGUCCCACUGACUCCCUUCCAGCCUCAGGCCAAUGGGAAGGAGGGAGAGGAGGAGGAGGAGGAGGAAGAUGAAGAAGAAGAGGAGGAGGAGGAGGAGGAAGAGGAGGAGGAGGAAGAGGAGGAGGAAGAAGAGGAGGAGGGCGAGGCAGGGGCCCUUGGGGAGGUGCUGGGGCCCCGAAGCCUCUCUAGCAGUGAGGGGAGUGAGCGGAGCACUGAGCGGAGCCAGGAGGGCGCCCCGUCCACACUGCUGGCUGAUGACCAGAGAGACACCAGGGGCCGGGCCUCCAUGGCUGAUGGGGACCUGGAGCCCGAGGAAGGCUCCAAAACGCUGGUGCUCGUCUCCCCUGGCGACGUGAAGAAGUCGCCAGUCACUGCCGAACUGGCCCCUGACCCUGACCUGGGCACCCUGGCUGCGCUCACCCCUCAGCAUGAGCAGCCGCAGCCUACAGGAAGCCAGCUGGAUGUGUCAGAGCCAGGCACUCUGUCCUCUGUCCUGAAGUCCGAACCCAAGCCCUCAGGACCUGGAACAGGGCUAGGGGCUGGGCUGGUGGCUGCUGGUGGAGCCGGGGCAGUCACCUCCUCACCCUUCACCAAAGUCGAGAGGACCUUUGUUCACAUUGCAGAGAAAACCCACCUCAAUGUCAUGUCUUCUGGGGGGCAGGCCUCCAGACCGGAGGGGUCUGGCACCGGGGGCGAGCUGGGCCUGGAGAUGCUCUCUGAGGGGGGCGCUGCAGAGGAGAGGGGCCCAGUGCCUCUGGAGAAUGGCAUGGCUUUGUCAGGGCUGGAUGGAACUGAGACGGAGAGUUGUGCCCUGUCUGGCCCUCCUGGGGAAACACCCUCAGAAGUGGUCACAGACUCAUUGCCCAAUGGCCCAGCCCUUGCCGACGGGCCGGCUCCAGCAACCCCACUGGAGCCAGUCACCAAGAAAGGGACCGCUAUCUCCCCCAGCCGCCAUGCUAUGCCAGGUUCUCGCCCCAGGAGCCGUAUUCCUGUCUUGUUGUCCGAAGAGGACACAGGCUCAGAGCCUUCGGGCUCACUGUCGGCCAAAGAACGGUGGAGCAAGAGGGCUAGGCCACAGCAGGACCUGGCGCGGCUGGUGAUGGAGAAGAGGCAGGGUCGCUUGUUGCUGAGGCUGGCCUCGGGAGCCUCGUCCUCCUCUAGUGAGGAGCAGCGCCGUGCCUCUGAGACACUCUCUGGCACCGGCUCUGAGGAGGACACACCUGCCUCAGAGCCCACAGCAGCCUUGCCUAGGAAGGUGGGGCGGGCAGCGACCACCCGGAGCCGGAUUCCCCGCCCCAUCGGUGUGUCCGCAUCUGCAGAAGGACAGCAACUUCCUGGCAGGCCCCAUGGUGCGGCCUCCGCAUCUGACCUGGCCAUCACCAGCAGGCUCCAGCUGCAGAAGCCCUCAGGGUCGACAACUACUGCUGACCUCCGUCCCAAACACUCCGCGAGCCGGGGUCCUGGCCCAGGUCGUGCCCAAGUCUCCAGGUCUGCAGCGCCCCGCAGUCCCGGCCUCCCCGCCUCCACCGCGCGCCACCCCAGCGGGUCCCCGCGGAGCCAGUCCCUGUCCCGCAAAGAGAGCUCCUCCCCAUCGCAUCAAGCCCGAUCCGGCGUCCCUCCACCUCGGGGGGGUCCUCCAGCCAGAUCUCAGCCCGAGGCCUCCCCAGGGGCCCCCAAGAAAGGACCCAGGGGGAAACAACAGCAGACUCAACGCGCAGCAACCAAAGGCCGGGGGGGCGGUCUCGGAGGGCCGGCCCGGGACCAGAUAAUGACACCCGCCCGCGGCUCUCUGCGGCGCCCCCUACCCUCACCCCGGUCCCCACCCGCAGCCGGCCACACUGGAGCAGCUUCCAGCACAGCCUUACGCGCCCGCGCGCCACCGCGGCCCCAGCUUCCUGCCUGCACCCGCCAGGACGCACGUGAGCACAUGUUGCGCCCUGCAGCCCAGCCAGCCCACUGACCCCGAGGGUACCCUCGGCUCUUCUCUCUGCGUCCUCCCUCCCUCCCACUGCCCUUCUGCAGGGACAAGCUCACAGCAGAUCCUCCGCCCCGGGAAGGCUCAGUCAGACGUGUAGGGCCCGGCCCCUUCACCCACUAGGUCUUGGCUGAUCUCUGCGUCCCACAUCCAAGGGGCUUCCAUCUGCUUACACCUCCUGCGGCUCACCUUGUCCUCAUCCUCAUCUUCUUCAGCCUCCAACCCUACCCAACUGGAGAAACAGCCUCAAAUUCCAGAAGUGUGCAAGCUCGGGCCUGCCCAGACUCCUAGAAGCUGUGGUGGCCGUGGAAAGCCAAGCUAGAAUUGGGGAAGUGGGACCCAGGGGUGAAUGGCUUAUUAGGCUUAAGGGACAUCUCUAAUCUGGCUAAAGUCAGCUCUAUGAGAGGUACAGGACUUACGAUUCUUCAGAGGGCCUUGAGUUGCUCCCCUUGUCUCUGGGGAACAGAAAUACCUUUCCUGAAUAGGGUCGAAUGGGGCCUCAGGAGGCGCAGCUGCCUCCCUGGGCAAGGGUGUCCCAGUGGGAAUUUGGAAAGGGGCUUUAAAAAGGUUAGUCACUUCCCUGGUCCUACAGUCUAGCACUCAGGACCCCUUACCAUCAGGAAGUCCUUCCUGAAAUCUAACCUCAGUUCUGCAUACUGUUCAGUCAACUCUCCUCUCUCAGCAUCCCACACAGGUGGAGUGACUGGUUAUCACCUUCUCGGUGUUGUUCAUUUGAAGGUUCGGGAACUCUGUUCUGGUCAUGGUGCCAUCUCUGCUGUGGGCAAUGGGCUGGCUCAGGCGUCAUCCCCCUAAGCGGGCAGAGGAGGCAGGAUGAGGCAGAAGGCCCUUCUCACUUUAGAUUCUGUGUGAUGCCAGCUGGUGUCCACCCUCCCCCUCCCCAGUUCACCCGGGCUCUCUUCCUCUGAGCCCGCCCACACAGCUGAGCUGCUCUGAGCCUGAAGUGAGGCCUCCUUCUGCAUUUCGGCUUCUGCAAAGCUCGCCCACCUCAUCAGGAGCCUCAGCUGCUAACAUCUGGGGCAAGCAGUGCCCUGGCUGCAGAUGGGACAGACAGCCCUCUUAUCUGGGACAGGGACUCCCUGCAGGCCUCCUAUAAAGCACUCAGCCUCCAUCCCCUGCUCUGGCCCUUGUAUCCUUCCCUGAGCCACAGAGAGCGAACCAAGACAUUCAGGCCACAAGGAGGAGGAAAGGCCUCAGCACACCAGCCGUCUGGCCACAGCUGCCCCCAGGAUGACUGACUGACUGACUGACUGACUGCUGACUGACUGGGAGCGGCUUGGUGCCAGCUAACUCCUCACGGAGAGUCAGAGGGUCUGGGCAGUUGCUUCCAUGCCAAGAAGGCAGCUCUAUAGACCAGCCCUGGGAGGACACCAGGGUGGAUUGUCUUUGAGGUCUAUCCCACACUAAUGCAGAAGCUCCCAGAACACUCAGGAAACCUCUCUGGAUUCAGUUAUCUUUGUCACCCCGAGGCCCCCUCUCAUUGCCCUCUAGUCUAGCAGAGGGGUAGAGGGUUCCCUUCCUCCCACCCAGAGCUUUUAUGAACGACAAUCAGCUCAUGCCAGGUGGGGACCAGGGCAUGACCCCUAGUGCCCAGGCCCUGGGCCUGCUCCUUGCCACCAACCGAACCGUGAAUGUAGGCCCCCUCAGUCUCUCUUCUGCUGUAGGACCAACGGCGCCCUGGUUUGGAGAUGGGGGCCUGAGGAAGCCCCAGGCUCACCCACGCAGCUUCACCCAGCACUUGAGCUGGUACAGAUGCAAAACCCAGCCUGCCCUUGGGAUUCCAGACUCCACAGGGCUCCAACUGACCUCAGGCCUCCAAGUCAACAGUGUCAUCAUGCUAGGAGGGAGGAGGGACAGAGGACCAGGAGGGGACGAAGGGGUUCCUCUCUCCAGGAAGGAACCGGGGCAGAGGAAGCACCUUCCCGCUGCCCCACCCAGCUGCAGCCCUUUCCAGGAGAAUCAGCCAGCCCUGCCCUGGGCCCUUAGGCCCCACCCCCCCUCUUUGGGAGUGUCACACUACCACCACCAUCCCUCAUGUCCCCAUCCGCCUGCUUCUGUCACCAGUCAGAUGUGAGGUGUGUUCACCUUAAUGCGCCUUCCCCCCCCCCCAGCUGUCCCAGUGCCUCCUGAGGGGCCUGGCUGGCUCAGUCUUCUCAGCCCCUUGGGUAGGUGUUGGGGGACAGCGAGCUGCCCUCCCCCGUCCCUGGGAAGCAACAGAAGAAUGUUUACAUGCCAAACAGAAUGUAACAGCCCUUGGCCACCCUGCCAGUCACUGCAUGGCCUCUGCCCGCCCUGUGCCUGCCCAUGCCCCUGACACCAACACCUCGGAAGUUGCUGUCACAACCAGAUGGGGGUCUCACAAGGGAAGUAGCCAUUACACCAUUAAAAAGCCUGUGGACCUUUCUGUUGGCCUGGACUCUUUUUCCCCUUAGGGAGGGCAGGGCAAAGCCUGGCCCCUGAGGGCUGGACAGGAAGGAAGAUACAGGACGGUGCCAAGCGGGCUGAGAUGUCAUCCCCACCGAGGAGGAAAAGGAGGCUCAGGUCUGGUACAGGUGAUAUGUUCAGGGUCCUAACAGAAGAAAGGCAAAACUGGACGUGGCUCCUUGGUUGUUUUUGCUGAAGGCUGUAGACUCUCCAUUCGCCUGGCCCAGAGAGGAAAGAAGCAAAACCAUCGUUGCCCUAAAGGAAGCAGCCAGCAGUGAGUGUGGGAGGCAGACGGCGCGGCAGCCCACCCGGCCCUGCCUCUGACCGGCCCUCUGCACAUCUGCAAGUUUACCCUGUAGCACCGCAGAGGCCUGCCUGCAAAUCUGAAGCCCAAGAAGUUGUGAAAACAGUGAGCGUUUGCCUUGGAUGGUACAGGUUCAUUUGCUACCAAAGCCCAACAGAAAAGCCAGGCGUGGGGGCCUCAGGCCUGUAGUCCUAGUAACCACAGGACGUAAAGCAGGGGGAUUUUUUUUUGAAAGUUCAAGGCCAGCCUGGACUACCCAGUAAAUUCAAGGCUAACCUAGGCUAAAUGUAAGACUGUCUCAAAAAAGAAAAAAAAGCCAUGGCAAGCUGUUUAUAUUCAUUAAUUUCACUUAUACAUGUUUUCAGUGGAAUGAAAACGUUUUUUGAGACAAGGUUUUGCCAGGUGGCACAGGCUGGCCUCAAAUGUGCCGUCCUCCUGCUUCAGCCUCCCAAGUGCUGGGAUCACAGGUGUGUUCCAUGAUGCUUAGUUACAUGGCGAUAUUAAUGUCUUUGAUUAAGAGACACUGCUCUUGACCCUAUUUAUAAUAUAUGGACUAUGCAUGGAAUUACUUUCCUUCCUUAAAAAAAGUAUUUCAUCUAUCUUGUGAUGGCAAUGGUUUGAGUAAGAGACUGUGGACCAGGAAAAUAACGGACACAAGGACAAUCUUAAUGGCCAUUGGUCGGGGUGGUCAGCAAAGCAAGGUGCAGGCACAUACAAGGACUCUGCUGCGCCCCCCCCAGACUCAAGAUGAGGGAGGGGCUCAUGUUUCUACUGGUCGCAGUUUGUGAGACCAUGAGGCUCUUGGAACAGCAAGGCAUCUGUGGCCCUACAGGGGGCAGUCUGGGUGAGGGGAAGUUUCCAUGGGGCGAGACAGGAAGUACUCUUUGUAGACUGAAUCCUAAUUCAUCAUAAGCGAGUCUUUUCAUUUAGUGGACGACAGUUUCUCUCCCAGGCCUGGCUCUGGGUCACACCUGGGAAGUGAGACCAUCCAGAAAGUCCACUCUCCCAUCCUGGGGGGCUGCUCCCGGCUCUCCAGAACCUCGGCCUCUAACUUGAAUGCCAGUGGGCUCUUUCUCUUUCCUUCUCGUUUAACAUGUCCAGAGCAGGACAUACUUGUAGUAAAUGCUAAAAGCAUAUCAAAUACAGACAACCCCUGUGCAUGACCCUGACCACUGAGAGACUUGUGUGUACCAUCACGGACCUUUUUUAUGUUUAUAAUAAUGCCUAUCUCUCUCUGUCCAUAUAUAUUUCUUAUAAAUAAAAGAGGAGCGUAUUAUAA